CUAGUACUCGAUCAUAACACCCGGCAGCUUAAAAAUCUCUCAGCCAUGAACCCUCCUCCUUUUGCUUCAUUCUACUUGCUCCUGUCUUGUUUACUGAUCAUCGUAGUAUCAACCUCGACAUCCAAACCAGCAUUAGCUUUCUCCAUUGCUAGCCUCAGGAAAUACCACCAACUCGAGCUCCCUUAUAACGUAGUCGGCCCCGAAAGCGUUGCGUUCGACUGCCGUGGAGAAGGACCUUAUGUUGGGGUUUCAGAUGGUAGAAUUCUCAAAUGGGAGGAACCUCACAACGGCUGGAGAGAGUUUGGCUACACUUCCCCGAAUAGGCAGAGGAAAGUAUGUGAUGGCUCAACCAACAAGAUAAAUGAACCGAUAUGCGGAAGGCCACUGGGUCUAAAGUUUAACCCUACAACAUGUGAACUGUAUAUAGCAGAUGCCUAUUUUGGACUCUUGAAGACGGGACCAAAUGGUGGCCGUCCUCAUCAACUCGCCACUUCUGCAGGAGGAGUCCCCUUCCAUUUCUUAAAUGCUUUGGACAUCGAUGACGAAUCUGGAAUGGUUUAUUUUACGGACACUAGCAUUAAUUUCCAAAGAAGUGUUUGGAUAUUGUCCAUCAUCUCCGGUGACAGAACUGGAAGGUUAAUGCAAUACGACCCUAGUACAAAGAAGGUGACUGUGUUGCUCAAGGGAUUGGCAUUUCCAAAUGGUGUGGCUCUAACUAAGGAUAAAUCUUUCCUCCUCCUAGCCGAAACUGGCACGCUGAAAAUCCUCAGGUUGUGGCUUCGAGGACCCAAAUCUAAUGCCUUGGAACUUUUUGCUCAACUAGUCGGGUUCCCAGAUAACAUCAAAAGAAACAACAAUGGAGAAUUCUGGGUUGCGAUCAACAACGGAAGAGGAAGAUCAAUAUCUCGGACUCUGCUAGGAGAUCCUGUAGGAGCAAAGUUUGAUGAAGAAGGAAACGUUUUGGAGGUGUUAGAUGGAGAGGAUAGUACGGCAGCGUUGCUUCAGUCUGUUAGUGAAGUUGAAGAACACAACGGAAAGUUGUGGAUAGGAUCGGUGGAAAAUUCAUAUGUUGGUGUUGGCUUGUUUUAGCUAGAAUUCAUAUGUUGAUAUAAAUCUGAGUUUCGUUGCGUGCA